UUGGAAAGUCAUGGGCGACAAAAUCUAAAGCGGCACCUUCUAACCGAAGCACACACCUCGGCCUGGCGGUAACGCUGAUGUUAAGCAGGGUCCAGAAAUGUUUUAAUCGAUAGCACUAACUUUCGACAUCGUCGUGACUUUGUUUUUACUCGGCAAAACAACAACAACAAAAAAAACCCCUUCAGUGUCCUCUCAUGGGCUCGCGGCUCCUGACGAUAAUGAACCGGACAGGUGUGCUGACAGGUUAAUUAAUUGCUACGUUUUGUUUCAACGUAGCGCCAGAAGGAGAGACAAUGGAGAAGAAACACUUUGCUGUGUCUGAAAGCGGCGAAAGUCAGUCGUCGUCGGGCUCGCAAACCUUGUCUGAGGGGGAAGAAAUGACGGCUUCUCUGGACAAUAAAGUUUAUGGAGAUGGAGAGGACGGAUGCAACUUGCUCUUUAAAAAUGUGAGCGCAGUGCAGGGCCGCAGAAAUGUGGGAUUUGACGAGGAGACCCCAGGGGAUGGGGAUGGGGAGGAAGAGGAAGGAGAGGAAGACGAAAAGUACGACAACAUCCUCUACCCACCGUCCACAUACCUCAGGAAGUCCAGUAACCCAGAGUUGACUUACGGGUUAAGUCCUGCACUCAAAUUUAAACGACAUCUAAGUGAGGAUGGCAAACACAUGCGAAGGAGGAGCCUCGGGGGUGGUCUCACAGGAAAGUAUCUCCUGCUACCCGCUAACCUGCAGCAGACAGCUGGCCAGUCGUCAUCUGAGAUGUCUAACCUGGUUCGAAUGCGUUCCCUGAACCUUGGAAAGUCAGACCCGUCCCUCACCUCCAGCGUGAAGGAGCUGAGUCUUCCCAGAAGAGGCAGUUUCUGCAGAACGAGCAACAGAAAAAGCCUGAUAGGAAGUGGUCAGUCUUCAGGUUUACCACGACCCCACUCCCCUCUCUCAUCUCUUACAGGAACAAGCCCACAAGAUAGUCCUAGAAAUUUCUCUCCCAGUGCCUCUGCUCAUUUUUCCUUUGCACGAAGGACUGAUGGUCGUCGCUGGUCAUUGGCCUCACUUCCCUCCUCUGGAUAUGGAACCAACACACCCAGCUCCACUGUCUCUUCAUCCUGUUCAUCACAGGAGAAGCUGCAUCAGCUGCCCUUCCAGCCUACGCCUGAUGAACUGCACUUCCUCUCCAAACACUUCUGCACUGAGAGCAUCUCAGGGGAUGAAUGCCGCAGAGCAACGGCCAUGCGACCCCGCUCACGCAGUCUCAGCCCUGGAAGAUCUCCCUCUUGUUAUGAUCACGAGAUCAUUAUGAUGAAUCACGUCUACAAGGAACGGUUCCCUAAAGCCACAGCUCAGAUGGAGGAAAGGAUUCAGGAGAUCAUCCGCAGCAACUCUCCUGAGACCGUCCUCCCUUUGGCAGAUGGCGUGCUUGGCUUUGCCCAUCACCAGAUAAUUGAACUGGCCCGUGACUGCCUGGAAAAGAGCCGGUUGGGACUCAUCACCUCCAGCUACUUCUGCGAACUCACCGACAAGCUGGAGAGGCUUGCUCAAGAGUCCACUGAGAGGUCAGAAAGUGAGGAGGUGAACUUCAUCAGAGAGCUGGUAAAGAAGAUCCUAAUAGUAAUAGCCCGACCUGCUCGGCUGCUGGAAUGUCUGGAGUUUGACCCAGAGGAAUUUUACCACCUUCUGGAGGCUGCUGAAGGACACGCUAAAGAGGGCCAGGGCAUCAAAACAGACAUCCCUCGUUACAUCAUCAGCCAGCUGGGACUCACACGAGAUCCUCUGGAAGAAAUUGCUCAGCUGACGAGCAGCGACAGCGGAAUUGCAGAAACUCCAGAAACGGAUGACUCUUCUCAGUCUCUCAGCACGGCCUUGCGGUCCCGGCGGAAACCCUGUGAACUGGACUUUGAAAUGAUAAAACUCAUCAGCAAUGGUGCCUAUGGAGCUGUUUAUCUGGUCCGGCAUAAGGAAACUAAGCAGAGGUUUGCCAUGAAAAAGAUCAACAAGCAGAAUCUGAUGUUAAGGAAUCAGAUACAGCAGGCCUUUGUGGAGAGGGACAUCCUCACCUUUGCUGAGAACCCUUUUGUUGUGUCCAUGUAUUGCUCCUUUGAGACACGGAGACACCUGUGUAUGGUUAUGGAGUAUGUUGAAGGAGGAGAUUGUGCUACCCUGCUGAAGAACAUGGGUCCCUUACCUGUGGACAUGGCCAGGAUGUACUUUGCAGAGACAGUAUUGGCUCUGGAGUAUCUGCACAACUAUGGCAUUGUCCACAGGGAUCUCAAACCUGACAAUCUGCUGGUGACUUCAAUGGGGCACAUUAAGCUGACUGAUUUUGGUCUUUCCAAAGUCGGGCUGAUGAACAUGACCACCAACCUGUAUGAGGGACAUAUAGAGAAAGAUGCCAGAGAGUUCUCCGAUAAGCAGGUAUGUGGCACCCCAGAGUAUAUCGCUCCAGAGGUGAUCUUGAGACAAGGCUAUGGGAAGCCGGUGGACUGGUGGGCCAUGGGCAUCAUCCUGUAUGAGUUUCUUGUGGGCUGUGUGCCUUUUUUUGGAGACACACCAGAAGAGCUGUUUGGACAGGUCAUCAGUGAUGAGAUCAACUGGCCCGAUGGAGACGAGGCUCCACCUCCUGAUGCUCAGGAACUCAUUACCUUGCUGCUGAGACAGAAUCCUCUGGAAAGGCUGGGCACAGGCGGAGUAUCUGAAGUGAAGCAGCAUCAGUUUUUUCAUAACCUGGACUGGAACGGCCUGUUGAGACAGAAGGCUGAGUUUAUUCCUCAGCUGGAGUCCGAGGAUGACACGAGUUACUUUGACACUCGCUCUGAGAGAUACCAUCAUCUGGAGACAGAGGAAGAGGACACAAAUGAUGAAGACUUCAAUGUGGACCUGCGGCAGUUUUCCUCUUGUUCUCACAGAUUCUCUAAGGUUUACAGCAGCCUGGAUUUGUCCCGUGGGCAUCUGGAGGAGAAGGGAGAGACUGAGGAGAAGAAGACUGAGAGCCCGCUGACUGUGGACUCUCUCAGCUGGACGCCAGACUUUGCUGAAGCACCCUCGCUGUCCCACUCGACAGACACAGACAGUGUGAAUCAGGGCCCUCGCCCCAGUUUGCUACCAAAGUUUGCCAUCUCAGCUGAGAGCGAAGGGGACGAAACCUCAGGCAUCGGUGACCCCAGCAAAGCCUCGUUCUCCAUCGGGGAGCUCCCGCGGGAUGAGCCUGACGCUACCACGCCUGGCAGCACACACAGCGGGGCCACGCUCUCUGGGAGUUUCUCAGAACAUUUGGACCAGCUGACACCCAGGGGAGAGGGUGUAGAGAGCCCUGACAGCACCAGUCACACCUCUGCUGACCAGGGGCCUCCGCCGACCUCUCUGCGACCUGAGAGUGCUGUAGAGAAGAGCGGAGCGGUGCCAAAAGUACCAAAGUCUGUCUCAACUGGUGCCCUUUCCCUUAUGAUCCCUGGAGAUGUCUUUGGAAUGUCUCCGCUGGCCAGCCCCCUUUCUCCUUACUCCCUCUCCUCAGACCCUUCCUCAAGAGACUCCUCUCCGAGCCGAGACUCCUCCCUCUGUACCGCCAACCCGCGGCAGCCCGUCGUCAUCCACAGUUCUGGGAAGAAGUUUGGCUUCACACUGCGGGCAAUCCGGGUGUAUGCUUGUGACAGUGACAUCUACACUGUGUAUCAUAUGGUCUGGAACGUAGAAGACGGGGGGCCUGCACAUAAAGCAGGACUCAGAGCUGGAGACCUCAUUACUCAUGUGAACGGAGAAACGGUUCACGGUCUUGUCCAUACUGAAGUGGUGGAGCUCCUGCUGAAGAGUGGUAGCAAAGUGACCAUCUCUACAACCCCCUUUGAAAAUACUUCUAUAAAAACUGGUCCUGCCAGAAGGAACAGCUACAGGAGCAAGAUGGUCCGAUGUGGAAAAAAGCCCAAGAAGGAGAAGACGCCAGAAAGGCGGCGCUCCCAUUUCAGACGCUUUGCCAUGCAGCCUUCUCCUCUUCUGCAUACAAGCCGCAGCUUUUCCUCUCUGAACCACUCUUUGUCAUCUGGUGAGAGUCUCCCCGGCUCCCCUACCCACAGUCUCUCCCCUCGUUCCCCUACUGCCGCCUUCCGCCCUGCACCAGAUUUCACCCAGUCAGGUGGCAACUCGUCCCAGAGCAGCUCUCCUAGCUCCAGUGCCCCAAACUCCCCCGCCGGUUCAGGCCACAUUCGGCCCAGCACCCUCCAUGGCCUUGGUCCAAAACUGCCAGGUCAGAGGCUUCGUCAAGGGCGGCGCAAGUCCGCCGGUAGCAUUCCCCUCUCUCCUUUGGCUCGCACACCUUCACCUACCCCCCAGCCAACGUCUCCUCAGCGCUCACCCUCUCCCCUUCUUAGUGGGCACUCUGUUGCCAUUUCCAAAACAACCCAGGCCUUCCCAACCAAGAUACAUUCCCCACCCACAAUUGUGCGUCAUAUUGUCCGCCCCAAGAGCGCUGAGCCGCCUCGCUCACCUCUCCUAAAGCGUGUCCAGUCUGAGGAGAAGCUGUCCCCUUCCUACAUAGGAGAAAAGAAGCACCUGUGUCCCAGAAAACGCAGCUUGGAAGUGACCCAAGAGGAGGUGCAGGAUGAGGAGGUGAGGACAGGAGAGCGGGAUUUCACCGGCCUGCAGAGUGUGGACGAAACAGCCUGUGAGCCACUGACAAUCACUCGCCUACGGCCAGUUGAGCAGGGCUGCUUAAAAAGGCCCAUCAGUCGUAAGAUGGGCCGGCAAGAGUCUAUUGAGGAGCUCGACAAAGAAAAACUGAAGUCAAAGAUGGUCGUGAAACGACAGGACUGGUCAGAGAGGAGGGAGUCUCUACAGAAGCAGGAUGCUCUGCAUGAAUCAGAUCCAUCACCGCUGUGUGCUCAUGACGGCGAUGAAGGAUUUUUGGUCCGAGGCCAAAACAAAGUGCAGAGCAGCCCAGAGUCUGGAACGCUGGAGGCUAAAGCUGCUAGUUCAACUCUCAAGGAUGUUUUGUAUAAAAAACUGACCACACGUGUCAGUGAAGGCAUCACUGAACCUUCUGGUGGCAGCAGUGAAAGUGAAGGAGGUCUGCGAUCAGCUCUGUGUUCUAGUCACACAGAAUGGCAGCACUCUAGACAGGGUAAAGACAGCCUGAAGCCAGACAGAUUGGACUUCAAAGCUCCCAGCAUCGAGUUCACCAGGAAGAGGUUGUCAUUCGAAGAACGAGAAGACUGCAUGUGUCGGUUGUCUUCAACCAUCCAUGAGAACCUCCACUUUGGCUCUACGAGGUCUAAGAGCCUUCAGCUGGAUGCAGCCAUGCCUCAUGACCACAUGAAGGCAGGACUGGGAAGCGUCCACUCGAGCCCUGAAGGUCUGGCCCCUAAGCUAUUUUCUGGCAGGGGAGAGAGUGCUGUGGAAAAACUCCAUCUCAUCUCUUCUGCAGAAUCUCCACUUAGAAAGACAUCAUCAGAAUAUAAACUUGAAGGACGCCAUGUCUCUUCUCUAAAGCCUCUUGAGGGCACCCUGGAUAUUGGUCUGCUCUCAGGACCCAGAGUUUCUAAAACAGAAACCUGUUUGUCCAAGAUGGCAGAGAACACAAGUGACACGGUUUCUCUAAGCCCUCCAAUACGACUCCAGAGCCCUACUGAAAAGCAGAUAACCAUCCCCCAAACGAAAACCACAGACAAGAUGAAAAGUCCCCUAACUUGUUCCCUAGGCCCUGAAGCCGUUUCUUCUCUAAAUAGCAUUGUUGUCUCCAAAGAGCCAUCAAAUAGUUCAGCUACAGAAAUGAAAGUCAGUGCAACUGGUGAGAAAACACAGGAUAGACAUGGUGAAUCGUUUAAGACCUCAAGCAGCAGCAAAGUGGAUCCCUCAACUUUUACUGUGAAACAAGAAGGAAGGACUGGUGUGAAAGCCAGUCAUGAGCACAGAGGCCCUCGACACAGCUCCCAUUUCUCCUCCUGUGGAAAAACGCCCUCCAUACGGGAAGUGAGCAAUGAAGAUCAGGAUGAAGAUCAAGAUGAGGUGGAGCUGCAGGAAGAGAGAACACACACUACAUCACAAAAUACUGACAGCUCCAAGACGGUGGUCUCUUUGGUAGACUUAAAAACUUCCCCUUCACUUACACAACUGGAGACUCCAGCUGCUAGUAAACCAUUACCUGGGCCACCGAAGCAGAGUGCAAACUCUGGUUUGGAUACAGGUCAGCUUCAGAGCUGUGAGAAGAGAAUAGCUGCUGCACGGAGCUCAGACACGACCUCUGCUUCUGAGGCGAAUGCGCAGAACAACUGUGAUUCGGUACAUGUUCCAGCAAAUGUGCCAAACAUUUGCUCCUCAAAUACAAAACCAAGUGUUUUUGUCCCAGCAUCCACAUUUGGAUCUGUACUUGGUAAUAAAUCAGACCUCAGUGAAACAGCUGUCAGUAAGGACAGUGGGCCCUGUAACAGUUCAUCUGUGAAGCUGGUUGGAGAUGUGGGCAGCUUGGGCUCCAAGAAGGAAAAUAGUUCAUGUUCCACAGCUGCAAAAGUGGAGCAGAAGAAAGUUUGUACAACAAACAAGGCCACUUCAUUGAAUAUUAUUACAGAUGUCUCACUGAACAAAAAGCAUAACACUGUGUCUGCUGCUGCAAUAGAGGACACUGGCACAUUGUUGCAGAAGAAAGAUGUUCCCAUAUCUCCAAAAACAAAGAGUGCAGCCCGUGUGAAAGAUUCAGAGCAGCUGUCACAAAUCUGCGCAGCCCAACAAAGAUCCUCUGAUUCAGAAUUUGUCAAUGUUAAAGAAAACACUGUGGUCCCUUUGGCAAAGCUCAGAAGUUCAGCUUCAGAAACUACGAGUGAAAAUGUUUUGAGUCCCAAAAGCAAGCCGAGGCCUGACCCACAGCCUGCACCACCCACAUCUGUGAAGAGAGAGAAGGAAGCAAAAACACAUGAGAGUGCAGCUCCUCCCGUCCCAGCAGUCAAGAGAAGUCCAAGUUCAAAGGAGAGGGAUCUGCCUAAGGAAUCUGCCCACUCGACUUCACACGUUCCAGCAGCCCACGACACUAAAUGGAAAGAAACCUCACUGGUAUCCACUGGAGCUGACAUAAAGAGUGAAGACUCUUUGCAACCGACAUAUUCGCCCACUCAUGCUGAUGUGACGCAGAGAGAAACCCAGCCCAAAAGUUCUGCUGCAGUCAAAGACAACCCAAACUCAAAGCUGAAAUCUCUCCCUCCUAAAACAUCACCUCUGAAGCCCGCUGCAGCCCCAACACCAGUUAUUAAACAAAAUCUUGAUACCAAACCUAAAGACACUUCUCCCAAAAAUCAUGUCGUAGUUAGUAAAGACCACCGUGACCCAAAACAGAAAGACUUUCCCCCACCUCUUACUACACCUCAGCAGCUCAGGAAGGAUCCUUUGCCGGCAUCAGACGUGUCCACUCAGCCCGAUCCACCGCCCGUGCUGCCAAAACCUGCAGUGAAAACAGAACCAUCAACCAGUGGAGUCACCUCAGGCAAAGGCUUUAACUGUGAGUCUGUUGUGAAGAUAUCCAAGGAUGCUCCCAAGUCCGAAGCGCUUAAACCGGACAGUCACAAGGCCCCAGAUACCAGAACCACCACCCCAGACAAACUAGUAUCAUCUGUCCGGAAGGAGCAGGCUGAGAGAAAGAAAAAGGAAACGUCUCAAGAAGUCACACCUGCACAGAAAAACACUAAGAGAGACGCUUCCAGGGCUUCUCCAUCGGCACUUAAAGACAGUUCAGACAAAGACACCAGCAGGUGCAAACAGCAGAAGGAGUCACCGCGCAGUUCCAAUAACAAAAAGUAAAGAAGGACGUGAAAAAAAUAAUAAUAAAAAAAACAUUACUGCUUCAGAGAAUCCAGAUAAAAUAAAAUGUUAGGAAUGAUUUGUGCAGUCAUCAUCAUGCCUUCUUUUUGGGUUUUUGUUUGUUUGAGGACCGGGCAAGCUGUUACAUGCUGAUAGAGUGUGUGUGUGUGUGUGUGUGUGUGUGUGUGAGAUAAGAUUACUCAUAACAUAUUGAUGUUUCUAGGUCUGAAUGUAGGCAAUCAUUUCUAAAGUUUUACUUUCUGUCAGUCAAAUGUUUGGAGGAUUUCUCUCUACUCAUCGCAGAACGAUUUGUGCAAUCAGUGUGUUUGGGGCAUCGGGAAGGUCAUUUGUAGUGAUGUAGAGUCUGUGCCAUAUACAAAAAUGAAAAAAUUUUGAAUUGCACUCUUACUUCUAGGCUCGGAGGAUCUGAAGUCUUUUAAUGCAGUAGACCACUCACUUUUUUUUUUUUUUGAGCCGUUGUCGUAGUGUUAAUGUUCAGUAUGAUCAGAUUGUUUGAAUGUUGGGUGUUGUGCAGUGGUACAGAGGAAAGACACUAUAUCCUGUGCUUUUCACCUAAAACUUAAAAAACUAACUAUAGGAUCAUGAUCGGAUUCUAGGAAUCAUAAAUUAGUGAAGGGGCCUUAGAUAUUUGGGAAAUCAGACUUGCUUUUUUUCCUUUUUCUUUUUCAAGAUGUGGUGUUAAUUCACAUUCCUCUGACAUCUUGUACAUAUAUCUUUGAUUUUUAUGCAAUAUGGUGUAAAUAAGAUAACAUUGUAAAACAGGGAUAACAUGGGCUUACAUGAUUGUCGUUUGUAUUAUAUGUAUAGAUUUUGCUGUGUCAUGUUUGUAUGCUAAGUAUUAAGAGUAUCAUGUUCUGCUUGUGUGGUCUAAAGUAAGCUACAGCUGUGUGCGUGUGCGUGUGUGUGUGUGUGUGUGUGUGUGUCAUCAAAGGUUUCCUCUUCUGUGCGACUUUCAACAUGUUUUCACAUGUUCCAAAAUGAACUUGAAGAGAGGUGAGGGCGUGAGGGGCUAUUUCUAAAAAUGUAGCAUUAUAUAACAAAACUGUGAGGGCUGUCAGCGUUCUCCAAGAAUGUCUCUGUUGAUGAGCUCACUGGCUAAUUAAGCUUUGAAGAUUGUAAAAUAUGAUACAUCAUGGAUGAGCCAGCAGCUCUGCGUAGUAAUCAGUCGCAGAUGUCUCGACGCUGCGGGCACGGUCUUUGGGUUAUGGCUGUGGUAUCGUUGAGGUCACUUGUGCGAGAAAAAUGCGAUCUGGAAUGGUUCGUGUUAAAGUGCUUCACUGUCAGGGUUUCAGUGUUUAGUGGUGUUCAGGUCGUGUUGGUGUUUUGGAUGCUUCAUAAUGAGCCAGCUUAAAAUUUCACCUGGGCGAAGAUUUUAUGAUGAUUUUGCAUAACCUGUCAUGUCCACAGCUUAAACGUCUGCUCAAAAGUUUGUGGUCACUAAUUUUAUUUUUAUUUUUAGGGAAAGGACAUUUGUUGUCUUCUGAUAUAACAUGAGCUUAAACUGGAAAUGUGCUCAAUGACAAAGACGAAUACUGUCAUUAAUCAUAAAUAUGAUUUUUAAUGCCGUAUCUAUUUAGGUGCAUGUUCUAGAUUCUAACCUUAUAUAGUUUUAUCUUCAUAGUGAAACUGAAAGCUGUUGCACUGAUGUAAGAGGCAGCGCAUUAGAAUCGUGGAUCGUCUGGGGUAUAAACACUGUGGGCUUGACUCAAGUUUAAAAAUGUCCUUCGUUAAGAGCUUCAUUGUGAGACAUGUCACAUUACUCCUGUUCUAAGAAUUGAAAGCUUUUCCAUGCAGGAAGUUACCCAGAAAAAAUGAUUUCAUACAGCAGUGUGUACUACGCCCUUCACAAGCUGCUACAUUCUGGCUGUUGCAGGUAUCAUUUAAUGAAGCUGCCAGCUGAGAACGUGUGUCUCAAACUCAACUGAUGUCCUUUUAUUCAGCUGUAAACUCACUUUUCGAAUUCUCAUUAGAGCCAGAUCAUGCCGUUCUGUGAUGAGACGUUCACGCAGUCGUAUGAAGUCGGGUGUUUCCCCAUGAAGUGAAUCCAACAGUAUGCCGACGAGUUUGAGGAAAGUUCUUUUAGGGCAUUUUGAGACUAUAAUCAAAGUAUCGCUUCUUUUUCUGAUCUUUCAAAAUCGUAAUAUUCAGCUUUAAGAACACAGUGUGCUGUAGUUUCCUAAAAAAGUGUUUCUAUAUGCAUAUGCAAAUAUUAGAAAUGAUAAAUGCGAUAAAUUAUUCAGUUAAUCACAAUGUCACGUUUAAGUAUUCGGAUCAGCUUUGGUAUAUCAGGCAAACAAAUGUUUCUAAGUGACCACAAACGUUUAAGCUGUGAAUGUGAAUUUGAUGUUGGUGUGCAGCUACUUGGUACAACACAUACAGGCUGUUAUAUAUCCGCAUACACUUACCUACCAUUUCCACACUUUUCUAUGUGGUAGACUCCUUUAAAGUACAAACCCUAAAUGAAAACCAGAGAGUAGCCUAGGAUAUUAGUAUUAGUAGCGUCUGCUCUGUUUGUGCUGGCUGUAUGAACCCAGUGCCUGUGUCUACUGCACAUGCACCACGAUGACCAGACGACGCAGUAUAUAUCUAAAUGUUCCAUACAGUAUGUGUCUAAGAAUGAAAACGAAAACCAAGAUUGACACCAGAGAUUUUAAUGUUAAAAAAAAUCUAAUGUUUAUCUGCAUUAGAUAUUGUAAAAGCAUUGUUAAUGUGUCGUGAGAUAGUAAUAAAUGCACCUUAAUCUUUACUAAUAAGUUCAAAGGGUGAGUCGAGGAGGAAGUUUGGGACUGAAAGUGGUUUAUCAAUCCCUCACUUCAGAUUAAUUUUUUUUUCUUUCAGCUGUCAUUUUCCCCACCGCUUGCUUUUUUCUUUCCUGUGACAACACACGUUUAACUCUUUAAAGCACAUUCAGUGUUUGUUUACAAAGCAUCAUGGAUGUAUAUUUUGUAUAUUGUUGAUUUGCCAAAUCUGUGUCCUGUGUUACAGAUGCCGUUUCUAGUCGUGUGAGGUUUGCCUCCUUGCCACCAUGAUUUGUUUGUGCAGUAAUCGAUGUCUCUCCACGUCAGGUUCUACUUUGUCUGCUCGUCUUUUCAGAUUUCCUUUUCUUUCCUCCUCUGUGCAAAACUAGUAUUAGAUGAACUUGCUUCUGUUGGUUUGUCUUUUAGAAUAUGUGCAAUAAAAGUGUUUUGAGUUUUGUAUUUUGCCCAAGGAAAGCUCUAUGGAUGUCAUACAUGUUGUAUAUUAAAACAGAUAUUUAUACUUCUAAUGUUGCGUAAUACUGAAAAUAAAAGAAUUAUGAAUUA